UGUUCUAUGCAGUAUUAUACUAUGACGGUUUGUCCUACGCAAAAUGGCCGCCAGCCGGAGCCUCAGCUAAACCUGGUUGGACCUCUAGUGUUUGGUGGAAUGAAACAGGAAGAAACAUUGUAUGGAGAGGAUUCGCAGGGUUGGUGAAAAGAUUCCCGGCGCUGGGAAGUCUCUUCGGAUUCUCACGUCGCAGUGAGCGAUGGCGUCUGCUGAUCUGAGGAAGGAGCUGGAAUGUUCCAUCUGUCUGGACAUUUAUAUUGAUCCUGUAACCCUGAAAUGUGGACACAAUUUCUGCCAGUACUGUAUUGGUCGUAUGUUGAAUACACAGGAGAAGUCUGGAGGUUAUUCCUGUCCUGAAUGUAGACAAACAUUCAGGAAACAUCCCGUCCUUCAGAGGAACAUAACACUACGUAACAUAGUGGAGAAUUUCCAGUCCACCCAUCCACAUCAGGAGGUGUCCGGGGUCUUCUGUACUUACUGUAUUCACACUCCUGUACCUGCUGUGAAAUCCUGUCUGAUGUGUGACGCUUCUCUGUGUGACAAUCACCUGAGAGUCCACAGCAAGUCACCAGAACACGUCUUAUGUGACCUCACCACUUCCCUGGAGAACAGGAAAUGCUCCGUCCAUAAGGAACUACUGAAGUUUUACUGCACUGAGGACUCCUCCUGUAUCUGUGUGUCCUGCAGGCUGGAUGGAGAACAUUGGGGACACCAGGUGGAGACUCUGGGUGAGGCCUCUGAGAUGAAGAAGAAAAAACUGAGGAAUGUUCUGCAGAAACUGAUGACAGAGGGAGAGGAGAUGGAGAAAAGAGUCCAAAAUCUGCAGGAACACAGGAGGAAAGUACAAGGAAAAGCAGAUGAUGAAACGGAGAGAGUCACUGUCCUGUUCAGAGACCUCAGGAGACGUCUGGAAGACCUGGAGAAGAGAGUCCUGAGGGACAUCUCCGGGCAGGCACAGCGGGUCUUUGUGUUAAUCAAUGAUCUGGUCCAGGAUCAAUAUAUAAAGAAGGAGGAGCUGUCCAGGAAGAUGGGGGACAUUGAGAAGCUGUGUAACAUGACGGAUCCACUGACUGUCCUACAGGAAUCAGACACAGGUGACUUGUGUGAUACGGAGGAUGGAGAUGAUGAGGACAGAAAGAGACGUGAUAAACUCCUCCAUGAUGGAGGGGAUCUGGAUGUGGCGGGGAUCUCACACACAUUACACACAGGUUUAUCUGAUAUCAUGUCUGGGGUAAGUGUAAAGAAAUGUACAGACACAGAGGCCUAUCCACAUUCUACUACAAAGGGCGAAGGUCCCACCAAUGAUGAACCAUCCAGGAGACAUCCCCAACCCUCCCCCACCAUACAACACUCACACUGCCAGGCUGGAGGACCAGAUAUUGAGUCUCUACAGCUAACAUCGGAGGUAUCGGGGGUUACAGACAUAUUACUUGAUGUACGGACAGCUGAUAAUCAUCUCCAUAUAUCAGAUGACAGGAAAACUGUAUCCUGGUCAUCAUCACAGCAGAAUCGCCCAGAAACACCAGAGAGAUUUCAGGGUCGUCAGGUGAUGAGCAGUCAGAGUUUCUCCUCAGGGAGACAUUACUGGGAAGUGGAUGUCGGGGGGUCAGUGAGCUGGAGAGUUGGGAUGUGUUACCCCAGUAUAGACAGGAGAGGACGUCAGUCACAGAUUGGAUAUAAUAGGAAGUCCUGGAGUUUAGAGAGGUGGGAGUUGCGAGGUAAUCAGUACUUGGUGAUACAUAACAAGAAGGAGAUCCCAUUACCCGGCGGUAUCUCCAGUAACAGAGUCAGGAUACAUCUGGAUUAUGAGGCCGGGCAGAUCUCCUUUUAUGAAUUGUGUGACCCGAUCCGACAUCUCCACACCUUCACCACCACCUUCACUGAGCCCCUCCAUGCUGGGUUAGGUGUAUGGAAUGGUUGUAUAAAGAUAUCUGGGGGGAAUCAGAGGUGAGAAAUCUGCCCAGAGAUUGGUGACAUCACAGGGUGGAGAAUCUGAUUGGUGAAAUCAUUAGAAGAAAAGUGGACAACAUUAUCAUUUAUAAAGCUGCAGGCUCCGGGGGCCGUCAUCUUCACCCUAAACCUCACUUCACUACUUAGGCCAGUGAUGGCGAACAUUGGCACUCCAGAUGUUUUGGAACUACAUUUCCCAUGAUGCUCAUGCACUCGGCAGUGUAGUUGAGCAUCAUGGGAAAUGUAGUUCCAAAACAUCUGGGGUGCCAAGGUUUGCCAAUACUGACCUAGUGUGUCACUGACCAGGAACAAGCAUGCAGGAGGUCAGACUGUUCAGGCUUCAUUGGCUGCAUGCUUGUAUCUGGGGUUCCAUUAGAAGGAUUUCCUCUCAUUUCCUGUCUCGCCAACAAUAUUUUCCCAGACAGGAAGUGAGGGGAACUCUCCAACAGACACUUUUUCUUUAGUAGAGGGAAGGCUAGAACCUCUGUCAGUUGCAUCUGAUAAAGAAAAAAAUAUGUGAUUUAUUAACUAUUAUAUUACAUUAUUAAGUGCUAAUAUGCUAAUGUUAGGAUCUUUAUAUAAUAGCAGGUUCUCUUGCUAGAAUGACUUUGCAGUAAUAUGUUAGAAUAAAUUGUUGUUCUCCGGAUCCUCAGAAGGUCUUGUUGGGGAACAUAGAGACAGUUGGCCUACUUCUUCUACAAUGAGGGAUUUGGGAGUCUGGAGGUGGGAAAAGCUGUUGAGAUGUUCAGAGAUAACAGAAAUGAAUGUCUCUCGUAAUCAAUGUGCUGUGUGUGCAAAUGCUUAGGUGAAUGAUUUAUUAUGUAAAAUGUUGAUGUUUGGGAUGAUCCUCCAUGACAACUGUCUGGGAUUGGAGGGUAGAAGCCUCUAGUUUGAUGAAGAGGUCAGAGGCCUUGGUCCUCCUGCCAUGUCUAAUGAUCUCUGCACACCUUCAUCUCUCUACUUUCUAAUCUUUGCUUUUACUUUGUAACUCUUCUCUUCUAAAUAAACUUCCAGAAUCUUCA